UGAGAGAGAGGCAGCGGCUCGUUAUUCACCCCUGCGCCACCGUUACCUCACGCUCUUCAACGAAUACCAUAUUCACAGAUGCGAGAUGCGAGGUGAGCCUGUCGUGUGCCAAAGCAGCUGAAAUUGGGCAGUAUUAGUGGGCAAUUCGCCGUGGGAUCCAUUCACUGAAUCCGACAGCCUACAUACAGAGCGCGUAACGAGAGACGCAGAAUGCCGCUGCUCAUAAUGUGACCGACCGCAUCCAGAGCCGCUUCAUUCAGCUGGAAGAACAAACUCGCUGAUCAACAAAUCCUAUCUCGUCUCAGGAGGGAAAAACAACAGCAACAUGGGGGAGCAGCCCAUCUACAGCACCCGGGCACACGUCUUCCAGAUAGACCCCAGCACUAAGAAAAACUGGAUGCCCACCAGCAAACAUGCGGUCACUGUAUCUUACUUCUACGACAGUACCAGGAACGUGUACAGGAUCAUCAGCUUGGAUGGAUCGAAGGCAAUAAUAAACAGCACUAUCACCCCGAACAUGUCCUUCACAAAGACAUCUCAAAAGUUUGGCCAGUGGGCCGACAGCCGUGCCAACACAGUGUAUGGGCUGGGUUUCUCCUCCGAGCAUCAUCUGGCCAAGUUCGCAGAUAAAUUUGCAGAGUACAAAGAAGCAGCCAGAAUAGCCAAGGAGAAGUCUCUAGAAAAGAUGGAGCUGGCAAGUUCGCCCUCUCAGGAAUCGCCUGCUGACAUUCAUUCCCCUCUGACUCCACCGGUCACUGCGGACCUCUGCCGAAUCAACGGCACUGGUGAUGAUGUCACUCUGUCUGACGUGUCACCCAACUCUAUGCUUCAAUCAGAUCUUUCUCCGACCACGCCGACUCUUGCACACAGCCCAACUACCAACAAACACUGGGAGGCAGAGCUAGCAGCGCUAAAGAGCAACAAUGCUAAGCUCACAGCUGCUCUGCUGGAGUCUACAGCCAAUGUCAAACAAUGGAAACAGCAGCUCGCCGCUUAUCAGGAGGAGGCUGAAAGGCUACACAAACGAGUUUCAGAAUUGGAAAGUCAAAGUAGUCAAACCAACGUGAUCAAAUCCCAGAAAACGGAGCUGAACCAAACAAUAGAGGAGCUGGAAUGCACUCUAAGGGCAAAGGAAGAGGAAAUGGUGCGAUUGAAAGAAGAAGUAGAAAACGCCAAGCAGCUUCAAGCUCAAAAAGAUGAACUCACCAAAAAAUUAGAAGACACAGAUAUGCGGAACAAGGAACUGGAGGAACAGUUGUCUGACCUGGAGCAGCGCCUGGAGUCCAGUCAGGUGGACCAGGAGAACCUGCGCAAGAACCUCAAAACCCUGCUGGAGAUCCUGGAUGGAAAGAUCUUCGAGCUGACCGAGCUGAGAGACAACCUAGCCAAACUCAUCGAAGACAGCUAGACUCGCAUCUCAAGCAGACAUUUUUAUGAAAAAAUAAAUAAAUAAAAACCAUACAAUGUCCAAUUCAGGCUCAGAGAGAGUCUGACUUUCACAGUCGGACUCUCCUUCACUCACUUACAUGGAAUGAUUAACCUUUGGUUGCACUUGAUUUUGUAUUUUAGUUUUUUUGAGGUAGGUUUAUUCUCUUCAGUGCCACUGCUAACCGGCCGAGUUUUAUUGUUACAAACACUACAUUUUCUUUAUUUCUCGAUGUUUCCUUGAAUUUCCCUCCCCAAAAUAGGCAGCCUGCAAAGACUAUGGCUGCAGAUAGGCUCCUACUCUUUAACGGUGCUGGUUUCGUGUGCCUGGCUGUUGGCGUAAAAUGGACGUUUCUUAUGCUGCUGAGGACACUUACAUGAAUUACACUGACUGGAUCUUCAGUCGCAUUUUAAGACUGGAUAUUCAGAGCCAUAUGUUGUAGCCAAACGUUAUUGGCUCGCCUCUUCCCCUUCAUGGAAACUGCCUCAAUGUUCAGUCAGUCAAAGUUUCAGGAUACUCAACCGCUGACUCAAAAAGCUCUUGACAUUUAGCAGAUGCUGAGAUGUAGAUGUGGCGUAAACGCUUUAGGCCUGUAAUAUACACCGAGCAAUAUUAGUGUGAGCGUCUGUAUGGCAGAUUAGUGUGAGCCACCUCAAUGCAUCCGUCAGGUACUCAAAUGCUCGAAAGGACAAAUUUACGGUCAACUUUCGGAUUUCUCCAGCGAUCAGUGUAUUGCUUUUGGAUCGUAUUGGCCUUAUUAUAUCCCGUAUCUAUACAUUUUUCAGGAUUUUUUCUUGAAGACGAGGAUCUUCCUUUUGUUUGUUAACUUACCAAAUGCAAUUAUGUAUUCGAUUCCUUACGAUUUUCAAUAACGCUAUUAUUGUAAUAUUUAAAAGGUCCAUCCUGCUGAUGGCUGUUACGGUACAUAGAUCACUGUCAGUACGAUUGUAUUUAUAUGUGGGGAAAAUUCUGUUUUCGAUUUCCCGAUGUUAAUAAAGACUAUUUAAAGAUA